AUGGCUAAAAAUCGAUCUGAACCCAAGAAAUCCGUAGAAGCAGCAGAAGAAGAAUCUUCAACAGACAAUGAAGGUUCGGAGUCCGACUCAGAAUCGGAACCGGAACCGGAACCGGAGAAAACCCAAACUCAAAUGCAGAUUGCCAAAAGUCCAUCCGAGGCGGCAAUGAAGGUCACCGAAGCAUCAUCUACGCCGGCCAAAAUUCAGGCCACUUCGUCGUCUUCAUAUGAGACUGAUUCCGAAUCGGAUUCCGAGUCCGAGUCUCAAAAACCCGCCCCGAUUAUUAAACCUACGGAUGACCCACGUGAAUCCGCCCAAACCAAGCCGAGAAAAUCCGAUGCGGACAGAGAAGUGACAGAAUCUAAGAGGCAGAAGCGAAAUCCGGAAGAAAUCUCUGAGAUUAAAGCAUCGGCAGACGAGUCGAAGAAACAGCUAUUCCAGAGACUGUGGAGCGAAGACGAUGAAAUAGCUCUUCUGGAGGGAAUGAUCGAGUACACGGAGAAGGAGAAUGGCGAUCCUUAUACUGACUUGGACGCGUUUCAUGAUUUCAUACGAAACUCUCUGCAUUUCACAGUGAGCAAAAAGCAGGUGCAAAAUAAGAUGAAGCGAAUGAAGAAAAAGUACAUAAACAACGCCGGAAAGGGGAAGAAGUCAUUCUCGAAACCCCACGAGCAAAAAACCUAUCAAGUGUCCAGGAAAAUAUGGGGGAAGGGGGAUGAGAAAAUGGAGGAUAGCAGUCAAGUAACAGUUGUUCACGCUCUGAUGGCCUACAAUGGAAGUGCCAAAAUCAAUAAAAAUUCGAUGAAGAAAGCUCCGGUGGUUGAGGACGCCAUUGAAACGCCUGCUGCUGCUUCGAGUGGAUGGAAGAAUUCAUUGUCGAAGAACAAGGGGGGUAUUGUGAUCAGUGAGGAGAAGAGAAGGGAAAUUGAGAAGAAGCGGAAAGCUGUGGUAGUAGCUGAGAUCGAUCUGUUCUUGAAGGAGCUAGAGCUGAUUCAAGAACAAGUGAAGGCGACUUUGGGCGCCAUGAAGUAG